AGUACAGUACAAUGUGGUUCCCACUCCCACUCUGUUCAAGCCUCAGGACAGUGAUGAGUCUUCCUUGAAAGAGCUUCUACACUUGCAGACAAAAGGAUUUCACCUUCAGACUCUACAUUACCUGCACCCCCUGCACCCCCCCCUACACUAAAGAUCUGUGCUUCUCACCUGUGACAGAAGUUUUGGUUCAAAGGAGGUAGUGUCUGUGAGACGCCAUGUCUGUGGUCAAACUCCUGUGCUGUUUGCUGUUAACAUAUCACCUCAGUGAGGGGAAGAAAAUCAAAGGAAGCAGAGCAGGUGUAGUGGACACCGAGCAGAGGAGAGUCCUGACGGGGAGAGAGCCGUAUGUCAGCAGCUCAGUCUUCAGGCUGCUUUUAGAAGGUGAGGACACCUGCACACUGGACCCUCUGCAGCUGCACACUCUCACCUCCUGUGGCUUCAACAGCAGUAAUCCCCUCAUCAUCAUCACUCACGGGUGGUCGGUGGAUGGUACGAUGGAGAACUGGGUACUCAGGUUAGCCUCAAUCCUAAAGACAAAACUGAUUGACAUCAACGUGGUGAUCACCGACUGGCUGUCCCUGGCUCACGAGCACUACCCCAUAGCAGCACAGAGCACCCGCACUGUUGGAAAAGACAUAGCUCACCUGCUGCAGUCACUUCAGGAACAGUAUCAGUACCCAGUUAGAAAAGCUCAUUUGAUUGGCUACAGCCUUGGCGCUCACAUCUCUGGCUUUGCUGGAACCUAUCUGGAAGGUCCAGAGAAGAUUGGAAGAAUUACUGGCCUUGAUCCAGCGGGGCCGCUGUUUGAAGGCAUGUCCCCCACAGACAGACUGUCUCCUGAUGAUGCUGAAUUUGUGGAUGCCAUUCACACCUUCACUCAUAAACGUAUGGGCCUAAGUGUGGGCAUCAAGCAAGCUGUGGCACAUUAUGACUUUUACCCCAACGGAGGAGACUUCCAACCAGGAUGCGACCUGCAAAACAUUUAUGAGCACAUAUCCCAGUAUGGGCUCCUCGGUUUCGAGCAGACAGUGAAAUGCGCUCAUGAGCGAUCCGUCCAUCUAUUCAUUGACUCUGUGCUGAAUAAAGACAUGCAGAACAUAGGCUACAGGUGCGGUGACAACAGCGCUUUCGACAGAGGUCAGUGUCUGGACUGUCGCAAGAAUCGCUGCAACACACUUGGCUACUAUAUCAAGAAGGUUCGCAGUGGCAGAAGCAAGAGGCUCUACCUGAAAACACGCUCUCGGAUGCCUUACAAACUCUAUCAUUACCAGUUCAGGAUCCAGUUUGUCAACCAGAUGGAGCAGAUCGAGCCCUCUCUCACCAUCUCCCUCACUGGAACAAAGGAGGAGAGUGGAAACCUCCGCAUCUCCUUCAAUGAAAAGAUCUCAGGCAAUAAGACCUACACCUUCCUCAUCACCCUGGACCGAGACUUGGGGGAUCUGAUGUUGCUCAAAGUGCACUGGGAGGGACCGGCCCUGUGGAAGAAUGUGUGGAACCAGGUGCAGACCAUCAUUCCCUGGGGCGGCCAAAGGAGAAAUCCACUGCUGACUGUGGGCAUGAUCAGCGUCAAAGCAGGCGAGACGCAGGACAGGACAUCUUUUUGUGCCAUGACAGACGAUGGACAACAUGUUGAGGUGUCACAAGAUAAAGUGUUUGUGCGCUGUGAGGAAGACACACCAAGACAGCGUAGAAGAAAGCCCAACUAGUGGACUAGUGUGGGUUCCUUAAUCUGCUCAACAGACUGAAGAUGUCUGACGGAUUCCCCAGAAGGUCAAGACUGGAUGAAGUUCUGUCAACUCCUAAAAGUUGUGCAGGUUUAGGGAGCACAUUAGAAAUCAUUAAGUGUCUGAAAGAUGUGGCACUAAACAAAUGGUGUUACAGUUUAAUAAAUUAAUUGAAAACUGAGGCUGGAAAAUAACUAGCAACUUCUGUGAAUUGUGUUUACAAUUUACAGAGAUAUUUGUUUAAGAUUGAUUAUGUCAAUAACAUUUUUAAUAAGAUAAGUAUUACAUGUGAUCUCAAGCGCAGAUUUACAUUUCUGGCUACAUACAAAUGUCUUUCAGGGGUAUAAACAGUCGAGAGUUUGUCAAUUCAAAUAUUAACCACACAGUAAACACAGAAGUUCAAUGACUUUUUAUGACAUUAAUUCCAAAGACUGUAAAUGUUUUUUUUUUUUUUUAAAGUGUGUGUACUGUGUAAAAUGAUAAAUCUCCUCAUUUUAAAAACCUACAUUAGUUUUGCCAAUAAACUCAUAUAAAUUCACUUGUUAAUCAAACUCAAACCAGAGCAAUAAACAUACUCUAUUCUUUUCUAUUCUA